UGGGAAAAACAAUCAAAAACACUUGAACUUCAAAGCUCGCGGUACGCUCAGCUCAACGACUAGCCCGUGCGAAUUAGUAGACGUCGUAGUAAACGGUGAACUUGAAUUUGUUGAACUAACUUUAGAGACUUGAGAAUAUUUCUAUUGUUGACAGCGUGUUGUGAAGAAGUUGUUUAUUCUAAGUGCGUUUUGCUGCUGUAAUUCUGUUGUUGUUGAAAAACGAAAGUGUUUUUUGGUGUACUCAGUCAACAACGGUUGGUUGAACGCGUCGCAUGUGUGGGUGUUUGUAUGCGCCUUUGUGUCUGGGAAAAAGUUUGUAAAACAUCAAAAAGCGGCAAGCAGCAGUUUAAAGUACAUACUUAAGCGAUUUGGCGAAAAUGUUCUCGAACGCUAAGUUGGCAGUUGCGUUGGUCAGUUUUUACUUCCUUCUGUGCGCUGGCGUCCUUUGCUUGACGGAAAUUUCAGCAGAAGAAAGCACAAAUGCCGAAAGUGCAGCAGUUCAACAAGAUCUAACCACUUCGGCCACUUCAGCGAAAUUGUUCAAUUUGGGCAGCUUAUUUGGCCAGAGUCCCGGCUAUGGUUAUGGUAAUGGAUAUGGCUAUGGUUAUGGCAACAACUACUAUCCCAGCGGCAGCAGGCCGACAACCUAUUACCCUUACAGAAAUAACUACUACCCCACCACCAGCACCAGCACAUAUCCCACCAGCAACUACUACCCGGGCAAUUAUUAUCCAGGCAACAGCGGCUGGAGUGGCAGCAAUUAUCCGAACUACGCUUACAAUGGCGGCUAUUAUCCCAGCGCUGGCGGCUAUGGCUAUAAUUAUGGCAGCAACGCUGGCACAGGCGGCUACUACCCCAGCACGGGUACCAAUAUUCUAGGCGGAAGUGGCGGUUACGGCGGCUAUGGAGGUAAUGGCGGCCUGUCUCAAUACGAUGGCUAUUGGAAUCCACAAUACACGGGGCAGCGCAAUCGUGGUUAUGGUUAUUACGCCAAUACCGAUCGCUAUGGUUUGCCACGCUAUGAUGGCGGCUAUAAUGAUCGUCCGUAUGGUGGGCGUGGCGGUUAUGGCACUUAUCGUGGCUACGAUUGAUGUUGACCCGGUUUUGUGUAUGUGGAUUGCCUUAAAGUUUGUAAAUUUCUGUUAAUUUUUUAUACUUUUUAUUUGUUGCUUUAUUGCUGUUGUUGCCUUUGUGUUGCUAUCGAAAUGCUUUAAUAAAUUUGCUUUUUGUUUUGUAAA